CUCACGUGAGGGGAAGUGGAGGGGGGAGAGGAGAGACAGACAGACAGACGGACGGACGGACAGUGAUCGGCCGCCGCCCACAGGGCGCUGGGCCGGGGGCGGGACCUGCAGCGCUGCCCGUCUCGGCCCAAAUCGAACCCGUGACCCGCGGAGCCUCGCCGCCAGGGCUCAGUGAGGACGCGCGGGGCUCGUCUUCGGGCAGAAGGCUGAGGGGGAAAAGCAAAAGCAACCGCCGCCGACUCGGGGAUAAACUCGUCCAGUCACCCGGACGGACGGCGCCGCGCAGGGUACGUUCGUGUCCGGAGAAAGGAACCAGUUUCCCCGGCCCUUCCCCCCGCCGCGGCCCCGGCGCCCUCAGCGGACGGUCCGGCGGGGCCGACGCGGGGCCAGCGCCCCGACGAACUGCCGCUCCAGCUGCGCGGCAACCGGGGUGGGACGUCUCCAUCCGUGCGGGCUCUCCACGCGGGCUGUGGUGCUCACCUAACCGCUGCUGCUUUAACAACUGUAUUGUUCUGUCGUCAAUGAAAAGACGGCAUGCAUUUCAAAGCUGUUCCAAAGGGAUCGGUAACAUUCAAAGAUGUGACUAUGGCCUUUACCCAGAAGGAAUGGGAGCAGCUAGAUCCUGCUCAGAGGAUCAUGUACAAGGAUGUGAUGUUGGAGAACUACAGCAACCUCACCUCAAUGGGGUAUCAAGCUGCCAAACCAGAAAUGAUCUCCAAGUUGGAAAAAGGAGAUGAGCCAUGGUUGGGGAAGGGGAAGAGACCCAGACAAGGUGAUCCGGGUGAAAUAGCAAGACCCAAGCAAAUAGGAGCCAAUGGAGAAGAAGUCCAACAAGAUGAUGACCAGCUAGAGAGUCACCAGGAAUCUCAAAACAAACUCCUUAGGGAAGUUGCAUUCAAGAAAAAAACUCUGACUAAGAAGAGAGGCCAUGAAUGUGGUUCAUUGGGGGUAAAAAAUGUGACUACAACACAAGUUUCUUCCCCAAAAAAGCUUCUUAAAUUUAAUUCACAGGGAAGGAGUUUGAAACAGAAUCUAGAUUUACCUGGUCAUAUAAGAAACUAUGCAAAAAAGGAACCUGAUGUAGCUAAAGAGCACAGGAAAUCAUUUAGCCAUGGCUUAUCUGAUACAAAGAAAGACAAAAAUCAAACUGGUAAGAAACAGAAAUUACCCAACCGUAGCUCAUCUAAUAGGUGUGACAAAACUCAAACUGGCAAGAAACAUGAGAAAUUAGUUCAUCAUGGCUCAUCCCAUACUAAACAGGACAAAAUUAAAACUGAAGAGAAACAUGAAAAAUCAUCCAGCCAUAGCUCAUCUCCUACUAAGUGUGACACAAGUCAAGCUAAAGUGAAACCUUAUGAAUGUAAUCAGUGUGGGAAAGUUCUGAGCCAUAAACAAGGACUUGUAGACCACCAGAGAAUUCAUACUGGGGAAAAACCAUAUGAAUGUAAUGAAUGUGGGAUAGCCUUUAGCCAAAAGUCACACCUCGUUGUACAUCAGAGAACUCACACUGGAGAAAAACCAUAUGAAUGUAUUCAGUGUGGCAAAGCCCAUGGUCAUAAACAUGCCCUUACUGACCAUCUAAGAGUUCAUACUGGGGAAAAGCCUUACAAAUGUACUGAAUGUGGGAAAACCUUUAGACACAGCUCAAAUCUUAUUCAACAUGUGCGAUCUCAUACAGGUGAGAAGCCCUAUGAAUGCAAGGAAUGUGGAAAAUCCUUUAGGUAUAACUCAUCUCUUACUGAACAUGUGAGAACUCAUACAGGUGAAAUACCAUAUGAAUGUAAUGAAUGUGGAAGAGCCUUUAAGUAUAGCUCAUCUCUUACUAAACACAUGAGAAUUCAUACAGGUGAGAAACCCUUCGAAUGUAAUGAAUGUGGGAAAGCUUUCAGCAAGAAGUCACACCUCAUUAUACAUCAAAGAACUCAUACUAAGGAGAAACCUUAUAAGUGUGAUGAAUGUGGAAAAGCCUUUGGACAUAGCUCAUCUCUUACUUACCACAUGAGAACUCAUACGGGUGAAAGUCCCUUUGAAUGUAAUCAAUGUGGGAAAGCCUUCAAACAAAUUGAAGGCCUUACUCAACAUCAGAGAGUUCAUACUGGGGAGAAACCCUUUGAAUGUAAUGAGUGUGGGAAAGCCUUUAGCCAAAAGUCACACCUCAUUGUACAUCAGAGAACUCAUACUGGGGAGAAACCCUAUGAAUGUAAUCAAUGUGGAAAAGCCUUCAGUGCAAAGUCACAACUUGUUAUACACCAGAGAUCCCACACUGGAGAGAAACCCUAUGAAUGUAGUGAAUGUGGGAAAGCCUUCAAACAAAAUGCAUCCCUUACCAAACAUGUGAAAACUCAUUCAGAAGAGAAAUCUCAUGAAUGAAAUAAAUGUGGGAACUCUUUUAACUGAACUGAAGAUUUUAUUUAACCUUAGAAGUAUUACAAAUUUAAAGGAUGUUAGAAAGCCUUUAAUAAGAAGUCACACUUCAUUAUACAUGAGAGAAUUUGAAAAUGAAUCAUCACAUAGGCGCAAUCGAGGGUUUAAACUUGAUACUAAACCUUUUGUAGAAAAUAUUUUUCUAAAAACACUCAAUUAUUGUAAAUGACCUAUAUGUUCAGAUUGAAAUAUAAAGUCUUAAAAAUUGUAAGUUAAUAAGCAGAGCACUAGAGAAACAAAUUACAUAUGCUGAAAAUUUCUGAGUUGCUUGAGUGUUGUAUACAUAAACACUACAUAUAAGAAUUGAAUUUUCAUAUCUGUUUAUUGCCAUGUAUAAAUGUUUGUGACCAUUGAUAAGCUCAUCUUUGAUAUUAUCACCCAGCUUUUAAUGUCUUUGUCACCUUCUGCAUCAUCAAACUUUAUAAAAAAGGUUAAUAUUUAUGUAAAAAAUGAUAACAGGAUUAAGAGAAAAUGAAAGAAAGCAGCUGCGGAUACACCAGCACUGGUAGAAAAUUAUGUUCAAGAUAUUUGGUUAAGUGAAAACAGCAGGUCGUUGAACUGUGCAUAUAGUAUGUCCUCACUUGUGUACAAAAGAGUGUGUGUGUCUGCUUGUCUCUGUGUGUGUGUGUCUGUACAUAUAUAUAUAUAUGUCUAUAUAUUUGUAUGUAAAUAGACUUGCUUUGAAAAAUACAUGUAAAACUUAAUAGUGGUUGCCACUGGGCACAGGAGUAUAGGGAUGGAGUCUUUACUGGGAGGAAGACCUCCUUUUUAUUGCAUACUGUUUGAACUUUUUCAUCAUGUGCAUGUAUUUUCCCCACCAUUAAAAUCAUUUUAAAUGCAUAAAUCAACACUAAUUAAAAUUUUCACUGAGCCUACUCCAUGAGUUUGACGAAGUAAAAGUUUCUGUGCCUAUUCAUAAAUGAUGAUGAGUCUAAGAAUAUGGUAUUAAAUUUGAUACUGAAUUCACAAAGACUUUUCCUAUUAAACAUGUUCUUUCAUUAAAAUAAUAAAUUACAACUAUAACUCA